AUGGUUUCAAUGUCGAUUAAACCAAUAGCAAGAUAUUACAAUUUCUUUAUUAUCACUACUAUAAUAAUCAGUAUUCUAUUGCUAGCAACUACUACAGCAGAAAGUAAUCUACAACAAAUCAGAAAAAGAGAUUAUGACAAGAGAUUUUAUUAUGCAAUAGAGGUUGAAAAUGAUUCUAUUGUUACACCAAAAGUCUUAGAAAACUUAUUGGAUGUAAAACACGAAGGGAUAAUUGGUGAACUCGAUAAUUAUCAUUUGUUUAGUUCAGCAAAAGAAGAUGUAGUUAUCGGUGUUGAUGAUACGAGCAACAGUAAUCCUCUUGAUAAACAGUUAAAAGAAAUUCGAAAAAGAUCUAUGGAAUCAUCAUCAAUGAUUAACAAACGAUCUCUUGAAGUCGUUGAUGGAAUAUUAACUGUGGACAAACAAGUACUUAGAAAAAGACAUAAACGUGUACCGUUACCACCAAAAAACAACAAUUUGGAUGAAUUGGAUCCAGAAGACAUUGGUAUUUCAUUAGGAAUCAGUGAUCCAGGUUUUAAAUAUCAAUGGCAUUUGAUUAAUCCGAAUGAAAUUGGAAAUGACAUUAAUAUAACUGGUAUAUGGAAAGAAGGAAUAACCGGUAAAGGAGUCACUGCUGCUAUUGUAGAUGAUGGAUUGGACAUGGACAGCGAAGAUUUAGCUGAUAAUUUCUUUGCAGAAGGAUCAUAUGAUUUUAAUGAUCAUACUCCAUUGCCCAAACCUCGAUUACUUCAGGAUACGCAUGGAACAAGAUGCGCUGGGGAAAUAGCUGCUGCAAAGAAUAGUGUAUGUGGUAUUGGUGUUGCUCCAGAUGCCAAAAUAGCAGGUUUAAGAGUGUUAUCUUCAGCAAUAUCGGAUGUUGAUGAAGCAGAGGCUUUAAAUUAUAAAUUUCAAAUGAAUGACAUAUAUUCGUGUAGUUGGGGACCACCAGAUGAUGGAAAGUCAGCAGCUGGACCUAAAGGUGUGAUACUUAAAGCAAUUACAAAAGGAAUAAAACAUGGCCGAGGUGGAAAAGGAAGUUUGUUUGUUUUCGCAGCUGGUAAUGGAGGUCUUUACGAAGAUAAUUGUAAUUAUGAUGGCUAUGCUAAUAGUAUAUACACUUUAACUAUUGGAGCUGUUGAUCGUAGACACGGAGUUCCAUAUUAUGCAGAAAAAUGUUCUGCUCUAUUAAUCUCUACUUAUAGUAGUGGAGGUGGAAGUUAUAUUUAUACUACUGAUGUUGGUAGUAAUAAAUGUACAAAUUUACAUGGUGGCACUUCUGCAGCUGCACCACUUGUUACUGGAGCUUUAUCACUAACCUGA